UCUGCUGACUGAGGACCGAAAUCAAAAGGCAAAAUGGCGGCCUCCUCUGGCGCUAUCCUGCGAGCUUCCGGACUCGGCCAAUGGGGCCACCUGCCAAGGUCUCCAAAGCUGUGGUCUGGUGGCUGGGUCUCUUGGGCCCCUGCCCGGAAGAUAGCAACCUGGAGCCUGGAGCCCGCGGGCCGCUGCCGCUGGGACGAGCCCGUGCGCAUCGCAGUGCGGGGCCUGGCGCCGGGACAGCCCGUCACGCUGCGCGCCUCCCUGCGCGACGAGAAGGGCGCGCUCUUCCGGGCCCACGCGCGGUACCAAGCCGACGCCGGCGGCCUCCUGGACCUGGCGCGCGCGCCCGCGCUGGGCGGCAGCUUCGUGGGGGUCGAGCCCAUGGGGCUCGUGUGGGCCCUGGAGCCCGAGAAGCCCCUGAAGCGGCUAGUGAAGCGGGACGUGCAGACGCCCUUCGCCGUGGAGCUGGAGGUGCUCGACGGCCACGAGCCCGACGCCGGGCGUCUCCUGGGCCGGGCGGUGCACGAGCGCGACUUCCUGCGGCCCGGGGUGCGGCGGGAGCCGGUGCGCGCGGGCCGAGUGCGCGGCACGCUCUUCCUGCCCCCAGAACCAGGGCCCUUUCCUGGGAUUGUGGACAUUUACGGAGUUGGAAGUGGCCUUCUGGAACAUCGAGCUAGUCUGCUGGCUGGCAAGGGUUUUGCUGUGAUGGCUUUGGCUUAUCAUAACUAUGAAGACCUCCCCAACGGCCUGGAGAUCCUCCACCUGGAGUACUUUGAAGAAGCUGUGAACUACCUGCUGGGUCACCCUCAGGUAAAGGGUCCAGGAGUCGGGCUGCUUGGCAGUUCCAAAGGAGGCGAACUCUGCCUGUCCAUGGCCUCGUUCCUGAAGGGCAUCACCGCCGCUGUCAUAAUCAAUGGCUCUGUGGCCAAUGUCGGGGGAGCCUUACACUACAAAGAUGAGACCUUGCCCCCUGUAGGCUUUGACCCAAAUCGAGUAAGGCUGACCAAAGAUGGGUUGGCAGACAUUUUGGAUGUCCUGAACAGCCCUUUGGAAGGAGCAGACCAGAAGAGUUUCAUUCCUGUGGAAAGGGCUGAGAGUGCCUUCCUGUUCCUUGUAGGUCAGGAUGACCACAACUGGAAGAGUGAAUUCUAUGCUAAUGAGGCCUCUAAGCGCUUACAGGCCCAUGGUAGGGAGAAGCCCCAGAUCAUCUGUUACCCUGGGGCAGGGCACUACAUUGAGCCUCCUUACUUUCCAUUUUGCCGGGCUUCCCUACACACCUUGGUGGGUGGUCCUGUCAUCUGGGGAGGGGAGCCCAGGGCUCAUGCCAUGGCCCAGGUGGACACUUGGAAGCAGCUCCAGACUUUCUUCCACAAACACUUGGUGGGGAAAAGUUAGGGGGACUCUCCUGAAAAUUUAACCCACUAUUUGAAGGUUAGGAGGUGAAACUAAUGUAUGCUAAGCAGCAAAAGUUAAAGACAGUUCACCAGAUGUAUUAUUAAAACACUUUUGGGUUUUUAUUCCUUUCUCUUUAAAUGACAUCACCAUUAAAAAUAGUCUCCAUAUGGGACACCUGGGUGGCUCAGUCAGUUGAGCGUCUGCCUUCGGCUUACAUCGUGAUCCCAGGGUUCUGGGAUUGAGUCCCACAUGGGGCUCCUUGCUCAGCGGGGAGCCUGCUUCUCCCUCUGCCUGCUGCUCCCCCUGUUUGUACUCUCUCUCUCUCUUAAAUAAAGAAAUGGAAAAAAAAAAACCUUUAAAAAAAAACAUAGUCUCCAUACAAAUUAUGUCAGGAAUGAAAAGAGAGCCAUAAGUAUAAGCAACUUUUAUUAAAGGUUAAAUAUUGGAACAUUACAGGUGAAGAUGCCGUCUCCUUUCAGUGUUCUCACCAUUGUCACUACUGUCAGGGAGCAAGAAUUCCUGUCCUGUCAUAGGUCUUUCUAGCUGGACUAAGAAUCAGAUUGACAAGAGACAGAUUAACAGGAGAAAAUCAAUUCUGAUCGCAUAUGCACAGGAAAUCCACACAGACAUGGAAAUUCCAAAGACAGGCAAAAUGAGGUAUGUACAUGAUCCUGAACUAAGGAGAAAAGAUUAGGGGUCUAGGACUUCGAAGGGAAGGAAUGCAAUUCACAGGGCAGUAAGAAGGGCAGAUGUUUGAUAAUUAGAUGUUUGCCCUACCAUACAGAUGGGUCACUCAGAUACAGUUUAUCUCUGUUAAUAACCCUUAUUCUGGGAAAGACCCUCAGUUUAGAUUCUUCCAUGUAAUCAAGGGAAGGGCAGAAGUUUCUCUUGAGCCUGCAGGGUCUCCCUUGCCUUCAACUCAAAAUAUUCUAGCCACAGUGGCCCAUCAAUCCCUAGGCUACCAUCAUCCUAAUAAAUAAAAUAAUCUUUGUGAUGGUUUUUAUGUGUGUCCCUUCACAGAUUCUGCUUUAACAUGCAUAUAUGUACCAAUAAAAAAAAGGUGUUUUGUGGUGUAAAUGUUAUUUUAAAAAUAAUGACUUUACAAAACAAGUGGUGGAAAGAGGCAGCUUUUACUUCACACAAACCUGAUGCCACAGCAACACAUGGAACUGACAGUGGUUUUAGUCCAGGAAGGAGACCAGCUGGGGAAAGAAAUAUGCUUCCAGGGCACCAAUUUUAUGCCAGUCAUUUAAUCCUCACAACUCUGGGAGGCAAGUGAAAGAAUAUGUGCAAACACAGCUCUUGUUCGUAACCUUUUUUUUUUUUUUUUUUUUUUUAAGGAUUUUAUUUAUUUGACAGCGCCCUAGUAGGGUGGAGGGGCAGAGGCAGAAGGAGAAGCAGACUCCCAGGCUAAGCAGGGAGCCCCAUGCAGGACUCAAUUCCAGGACCCCAGGAUCAUGACCUGAGGCCAAGGCAAACCCUUAAGACUGAGACACCCAGGCAGGCGCCCCGUUCACAACAUUUUAAAGCAAAUGUAAUCUGCUAGAGUCAGUGAUUGCUGUUAACAGUUGUUUCGCCAAAGAAAGAUGACCGUGAUACCAAUCUAAAGCUCUUCUCCCUAAUAAUGAAAAUUCAGAUAUUUGCAUGUUGGGCAUUAUACACUAGCAAGGUUGUUUCUCAUACUUAAUUAGGAAGGCUUAGAGAUUGAUGGUUACAUCCAUGGGCCCUAAGAUAAGUUUCCAGAGCAGAGAUGUCUUCAAGAAAAUAUUUACAAAUAACAUUUGGAAACAUAUUUACAAUUAUAGAAAAAGAACAGGAAGAUUAUUAAGAUGUAAACAUGGCGACUGGAUCUUUUUUUUUUUUAAGAUUUCAUUUAUUCAUUUGAGACAGAGAGCAUGAGCAGGGGGAGGGGCAAAGGGAGAGGGAGAAGCAGAGUCCCAACUUGAGCUGGGAGCUGGA